GCUCCAGGAAGUGCGGGGGCUCCAGCACCCCGGUCGGCCGUGGUGCACACUGGGAAGGCAGCAGUACCAGAUCCAAGAUGGCGGCCAGCAGGAGGCUGAUGAAGGAGCUUGAAGAAAUCCGCAAAUGUGGAAUGAAAAACUUCCGUAACAUCCAGGUUGAUGAAGCUAAUUUAUUGACUUGGCAAGGGCUUAUUGUUCCUGACAACCCUCCCUAUGAUAAGGGGGCCUUCAGAAUCGAAAUCAACUUUCCAGCAGAGUACCCAUUCAAACCACCGAAGAUCACAUUUAAAACAAAGAUCUAUCACCCCAACAUCGAUGAAAAGGGGCAGGUCUGUCUGCCAGUAAUUAGUGCUGAAAACUGGAAGCCAGCAACCAAAACCGACCAAGUAAUCCAGUCCCUCAUAGCACUGGUGAACGACCCCCAGCCCGAGCAUCCUCUUCGGGCUGACCUAGCUGAAGAAUACUCUAAGGACCGUAAAAAAUUCUGUAAGAACGCUGAAGAGUUUACAAAGAAAUAUGGGGAAAAGCGACCUGUGGACUAAAAUCUGCCGCGAUUGAUCCCAGCGAGUGUGAGCAGAGACCCGAGCAGUGCAUUCAGACACCUUGCAAAGCAGGACUCUGUGGGAAAUUGACACGUGCCACCGCCUGGCGUUCGCUUGUGGCAGUUACUAACUUUCUACAGUUUUCUUAAUCAAAAGUGAUAUAGGUAACCUGUAAAGAAAGGAUUAAAAAUUUAAGAUGUUCUAGUUCUGCUCUCUUUGUUUUAAAAAUCACUGCUUCAAUCUACUCUAAAAGAAUGGUGUUUCUUUUCUUGGUCCAAAUUUAUCCAAAAUCUUCAAUUUACAUUUAGACCUUAAGGUUUAACAUGAAAUGUUGUGGUUCCCUUUCUGUCCCUGCCCUUGCAACUCUCACUUUCUCGCCUUCAGUUUAUGUUUCACUUAUUCCCUCCCCAGACCCAGGCCCUGUCUCCUCCACAAAGGGGAAGAGGCAGUUCUGUCCAGUCUGGUGGCUUCUCUUCUAUGUUGCACUGCCCAGUGUGGGAGUUUGUUCAAAUUCUGCUAGUUCCAAUUUAUAACAUCCUUUUUUAAAAAUUUAAAAACAAGCAAACUAUCACCACCACCCCCCAAAAAAGCUGUGAAAAGGGAGGCCCAGCUCUUAUGUAAAAACCUGGCCAAUGUUACCACAAUAACGUGGAUUAAGUGGCAACCCAUGUCUGUGUGUGUGACUGAACUCCAGCCUGGCCCGGCCUGCCUGGGAAAACCCUGCAACAUCAGGUCUGCCGCCACCCCAGGGGAGGGCCUGCCAGCCAGAGGACACUGCACUUGUGCAAGGAAUUUCUCAUCAGAGAGGCUCCUGAGGUCGAAGAUUGGCGCUCCUCCUUGCAGCCAUUUUAGAAGAUGUGUUGGUCAUUGCAGACAACGCUAAAGCCAGAAGGUCAUUUGCAAUCGCAUGGUCAGCUGUCAGCAGGCUCCAUCCGAAUGUGCCACAGAGCUCGCUCUCCAACUCCUCAGUGCAGCAGCCCCAGCUCGGCCCGCCCUCAGCAUGGCUGGACUCCGCAGGGUUGGAACUGGCAGGACGCGACUGUAGCCAGCACCAGUCUGGGGUCCCUGGAGCCCCGCUGGCCUCUUUCAGAGCAGCGGGCAGGGCCAACCCCGCCCAGCCUGGGAACAGGACGGCCUUCCCUCUCCCUCCGGACUCACAGCCUUUGCAGAGUCAAGCUCCACUUGAAGCUCACUCAGUAAUAUCCUUUACAUGUGUUUUAUAUUGUUUUGACUGCCUUUUUUUGUAGAAAUAAAAAUUGACCUUAGAAUUUAUCCUCAGAUGAACUUGUCAGGAUUUGAAUGUUAAUGUCUUUUUCAAAGGAAGUGGGAUUGUCCCUGAACUAGUGGAGAACACAUGUAGCUGACACCCAGAGGGAGUCACCAGCUCCGUUUCGGCCACUGGUGGCUUCACUUCUUGGCUCUCCAGGGCACUAGAUUCAGUGGAGAAAUGGCUUAAACCAACUUUGCUCUGUUUUAAUUUUAGUUCUAAAACUUGAGAUCUUUCCAGGGCUUAUGGCCUGGGAGACAGCUUGGUUUAGUGUGCAGAAACGGGAGCAACAGGAGGUUUGGCAGCGCGAUGCUGUGUAGUCGUCCGGGUUUGUCCGUGAUUCAGCUUCUCUAGUCCUCCAUACUCAUGGGAUAGGUUCUGGCGACUCCUGUAGGCGCAGGAGAGCGGGGCCAGCAUUUCCACGUGUCUCUUCAUUAGCAGAAAGGUGACGAUGGACUUUAUUUCCCUCACACACAGAUUUGUAAUAAAAUGCCAAUUCUUUCAGAAGCUGUCCAUAUAAGCCACCAUCAUUGCUUCUCUGAAUCCAGAAUUAUUGUCACUCUUGGCAACAGUCCCACUGCUUCGUGUUUCUACAAGCAUAGUUCUGCCUGCCUGUCACCCCUCACUUCUCUGUUCACUGCCGGAGGUACCUUUGUCAAACUGGCAGCCCUUCAGGGUACUCUCAGCCCUGGCAUUGUACCCCACCAUUUGCCCCGGUUGGGACAGGCCUGGCCGUGGGAGGGAGAGCAAGGCCAUAGGUGGUCCCUUCCUAAGGCCUGAGUGGCUUGCUCCAUCCAACCUGGAGCAGUUCGGUGGUCGCCAAGCCCUCGGGGCAGGCUUUGAGCACGCUGGUGCCCUGGCAGCACCACAGCCAAACAGCUGGGUCCUCUGGGGAAGGGGAGGGCUGUCACCACUGACCUGAGCCCACUCAGGAAUUUACUCCUGCCUGAACGGAACCAAAAUGGGCCGGGUCCUCACCCUCCUCCCUGCCCCCUAUGGCAGAGAAUAGGCUUUCUAAGAUGCUGCGAUCCCGUUCUGCUGCCCUUAAUAAACACGCUCUCCAACACGGA